CCUUUAACGAAGCGUUUACCACCAUCGUGUUGAGCUGCUAACGUAAGGAAGCUAACGGUCCUAUAUCCGCUCGUAAAUUUGCCUUCCAGCAAGCUAAAUCUAAGCUAAGUUGGCUAAACCUUCGGGAUACUUUAUUGGCUAAGCGACAGCACAAUAUCUAUUGAAAGUAUAGCUAUAGUGUACAUGGACAUGUAGUAAUACUACUACUACUACUAAUAAUAAUAUACGUAUAAGUAGAAGGCAAUUGGAGCUUAUAGAAAAAUAAAGUUUAGCCAUGUGACGUUUCAGCCACUCCCCAAAAAAGAGCAGGUCCUAGUGAAGUAACAGAAGCUAACGGUCGAGAAUCCAGUGUAGAGUGAGUCCCCUCAGCUGAAGUUAAUAACACUUAUGCACAUUCAGUAGGCUUGAGACCAGGCUGUAGUCUGUUUCAGAGGAAAGUCAGAGAAACGUAUUCUAGGAGCCCUCUGUGCCGGAAGAAGAUGAGAUCCAUGUCGUUGUCGAACAGCGCAAUGACGACGUUGCUUUCAAUGCUCUGCUUGGAGACGGUUAACGUGGAGCACAGUUGAAUUCUAAAAGCCAGAUGGCUUAUCGGUUAUUUAUAUAAGCAGCCAAAUAUCCUGAAAUCAAGUCACUGAUGGGCCCGGACUUAAGACUGAAAUGGAUUGUGUGCAUAAUGGUGGGGAUACAGUUUUUAGCUUUCUACCUGGUCAAAGACUUGGACUGGAAAUGGGUUUUAUUUUGGACUUACGCAUUUGGCAGCUGCAUCAACCACUCGAUGACCCUUGCCAUCCACGAGAUCUCCCACAACACUGCCUUCGGAAACAACAAGGCCACGUGGAACCGCUACUUUGCCAUGUUUGCCAACCUUCCGAUUGGCCUGCCCUACUCUGCCUCCUUCAAGCGCUAUCACCUGGACCACCACCGCUACCUGGGUGGAGACGGGGUCGAUGUCGACAUCCCUACUGAGUUUGAAGGCUGGUUCUUCUGCACACGCUUUCGCAAAUUCAUCUGGAUUAUUCUACAGCCACUGUUCUAUGCCAUCCGCCCCCUCUGCAUCAACCCCAAACCCAUCAGCCAGCUGGAAGUGACUAACCUUGUUUGUCAGCUCACCUUCAAUUUCCUGCUCUACAUGCUGUGGGGUGCCAAGCCUGUGGUGUACAUGAUGGCUGGCUCCAUGCUUGGGAUGGGUUUACACCCCAUCUCUGGUCACUUCAUAGCUGAGCACUACAUGUUCCUUAAAGGUCAGGAGACCUACUCGUACUAUGGCUCCCUCAACCUGCUCACCUUCAAUGUGGGUUACCACAAUGAGCACCACGAUUUCCCCAGCAUCCCAGGAUGCAGGCUUCCUAUGGUGAAGAAAAUAGCAGCUGAGUAUUAUUGUGACCUGCCUCAGUACACCUCGUGGGUCAGGGUUCUGUAUGACUUCAUUAUGGACGAUACACUGAGCCCCUACUCUCGAAUCAAGAGGAAGCUGAAGGGCGAUGUGAAACAAGAGUAACAUCACAGAACAGUUGUCUGAAACAAAUCUGCAGCCUGAGUUAUCACCCCAUUAACUCAACAGCUUCUGCUGAGUUUUUAUUGCAGAGAAUUUUUAUCAAGGUCAGAAAGCAGUUUGUGAUGUGAGAACCAGCAUGUGGGACUGAUUGAACAAAGACUUGGAUCCAAUGAUAUUUUAACUUAACUGCAUCUGUUUGGAUCGUCUUUGUCACCAUUCUGAUCAAAAUGAAUAAAAGUAGAAGAUCACAGGUUUUACAUAUCCAUUGGCUUUCUUCAUAAGUAAAUGCUCUUAGCUGAGAAUCAUUAAGUUUAUGUUUAUAUGCAGAUUUUAGAAUUUACCUAAUGGCAGCAGAAACACUAUUCAGAAGACUUUUCACGCGUCAUCAACUUCUCUGACCGUACUUGUUUGAGCACCUGCGUCUAAGUCCUCCAUCCUGUUUUGAUUGCUCAGCUAGUGACUAGUGAACAUGGUGUCACGUGAUAUCAAGAGAUUUCUUUUCAGAAUGCACCAGAAGUGCCAGACUGAAAUAUUAAUAUAUAUGCAAUCACACUACAUUAUAUCCUUGGUAUCGUAUCUUUGGCAGGAAGCUGAAGACAUGAUGACUGGGUGCCAGUAAUUACUGCUUGAAUUAGCAAGGUAAAUAAACUAGACAGAAAGCCCAGAUAGUUUUGUGCAGUCAGCCCACAGAAAUCCUCAUCUGGUAGCUAAUAGAACAAAACCACACUGCUCAUUGUGCACCUGCUUGGCACCCACACAGGCAACAGGGAAACAGCUGUGAUUGGAGGACAUUAUCACUGUGUGAAUAUGGGUAGAUGUUUAUGUAUAAGGUAAUGCUUUGUGCUUCUAACUAAAACACGCUAAGUUACAACCUGUGACCUCUAUCUUCUUAGUUUGGUCAACAUUUGAGGUUAUGUUAUAUUCUUUGGCUUCUCGGUCUAUUGGCUAAUAGUUUCUUAUCAAAGUGCAUGUGACCCAAUUAAAGUUUUGUCCAACAACA